UAUAAAGCGGCUGGUACUCCAGUUAUUUCCGAAAGAAUGCUCUAGUUAUAAAAUUUUAAAAUUUUAAAUAAUAGGUGUGAAGGUAUUUCGACAGCCACCUGCAAAAGUUUGUAAGUACAGAAACUAAAAUUAUUCAUAAGAUGAAAUAAACCGCGUAUUUUUUAUUUUAUGGACUGUUUUUUUCUAUUAAAUUUUCACUGCAUGCUUAUGACAAAGACAUAAUAUUUUAAAUAUAUAUAUUUCUUUUUGGAUUUCUAAAUAUGCGCAAGGUCAAGAUUGAUCAGAAAACUUCAAAGCUGCUCUUUCUAAUAAAAAUGUACCAAAAGGUUUUUACAGUGUGACUGUUAAGAUGAAGCAUGCCUCUAUCUUUUUAUUUUUAAACGUAUACCUCUUUGUAUUCUUGAACCUAUACUGUUUGAAAUUAAAACCGUUGGGAGGUUUCACUUGUUAUGAGUUAUGACAUCAGAAGGUUAAUGGUGAAUUAUGAGUAAUAUUUACAGUCAAAUAUUAAAAUAUGCAGUGAUAAAGAAAGAUCUUGAAGAAAUAAAAUAUUGCCUGGUCAGAGGAGCGGAUGUCAACCAGAGGAUCAGCCCAUACAAUGAAACUUUUCUUCACUUCACUACUUCUCUAGAAAUAACUAAUCAACUUUUACUGUUUGGUGCUGAUGUUAAUGCAAAGGAUAGGUAUGGUCAAACCCCCCUUUACUCCGCCAUAGCAAAUGAUAAAGACCUGAAAUUAAUCAGAGCGCUACUUAAUCAUGGAGCUGAUAUCAAUAUAAGGGAUAUCAAUGGCGAGACACCACUUCACUGUGCCAUGAUUGAUGUUAAACAACUGCCAAUUAUAAGAGAACUUUUAAGGCAUCAUGUAGAUGUCAAUGCUAUAGAUAAUGCCGGCAAGACAGCCUUACACUUAGCUGUGCGUUGGGGAAACGGAACUAACUUAGACGUCGUGAAGGAACUGAUAGAAUUUGGUGCAGAUAUAACCAGUAACGAUCAUCCUACACCAUUACAUGAGGCUGUAUAUAGAGGGUUUGAUACUUGUGCUGAACUUCUUAUAAAAAUGAUAGUACUUAAGAAAUUCGAUGAGAGUAAAGGCUUCGAACCUUCUCACUAUGUUGGAUCUCCUGUUGUUGACAAACUGAUACAUUUUUUGGAUAAGUGUAUAAGUGAAGUUAUUGAUAUGAGGGCUAAUAAAAUUAGUGGAAAUCAGUCUCUGUUUGAUUUUGUUAAAAAGAAGGGUGAUAAUAUUAAAGCAUUUUAUGCUAUGAAUAAAAUUAUUCCAGAAGAAAUUACUGCAAAAUAUCCUAUUUAUUUUGAUAUAAUACUUGCCAAUAUCAAACUUUGCUCUGAUAGAGCUAUUCUAUUAGAAGAAAUUAGAGCUAUUCAAAUUUAUACUAUUGUUGAUAGUUGUGAUAAAAUGGUGGUCUUAAACAUAGACUGUGUUUAUAAAGUAGCUGAGUACCUUGCAAAUGAACAUUUAGCUAAUUUAAUAAUAGCAUUCAAAGGGAAAAGUGACUUUGUAUCCCAAAAUGGUGUUCCAGGUGUGCAAAAUGAAGAUUAUUAUGGUUCAUCUGAUUCUAGCGACUGUGAUUAAACUGAAAUUUUUAUAAUACUGUUAAGUAAAUGUAUAUAAUGAUAAAGAGAUAUUUCAAUUCUCUUGGCAAUGAUUGUAUAAUUUAUUUAUUUUUUUAAAUAAAGAUAUUUUUAUUAUCAGCUUUGUUAUUAUGUUUUGACUAAGAAGAAAAUUAAAUCUACACAACUCGUGGCCAGCUCUACUUGGAUACUCAUCGUAAUCCACUCAGACUGACUCAUAAACUGUAAUAUAACCAUAUUCUAGAUAAUUUCAAGACUCCUAUUUAUAUUAUAUUUAUUGUUGCUGAUAUUUUUCUAAACAAUAAUAAAUUAACACAUUUAUUUAUAAGCCAAGCCUCAUGAUGUUUUUAAUCAUUUACAGUUAAAACUGUAUCAAUCGUAAUGAUAAAUUGGCUAAUGCGUAGCAAAAUAAAAAUUAUUUUAGACCGCCCAAAUAACCGAGCUAUAUGCCACCCAAAAUUAUCGAUAGUGACAAUCGAUUAGGAUAGAAUUUAGCCCACAUUUUACUUUUU